AUGGCCGCGCUGCCGGUGCGUGGGCAGCAACUGCAGCUCCAGCGGCUCCGUUUGCUCUGCGCGGGCGCCCGGGACGAGAGUCCGGGAGGUGCCGAUCGUUUGCAUAACAAAGGGCCGAGGAGAGCGAGAUCCCGGCUAGCAGCACUCGGAUUUAGAGAGUCACCCGCGUUCCUGCGGCAGCAGCACUCGGAUUUAGAGAGUCACCCGCGGAUGUGCCAUGGGAAAGCUGGAGUGGAACUGCGCAGGUGUCGGGAGGAGCGUGCGGUCGCUGGCGAGGCCGGGAGCCGCCGGGGGGUGACCGCCUCCUUCCUGCCCUGGGGCGAGGCGAGCGCGGGGCCGCAGCUGCGGCAGCAGCGCCAUGUGGCAGCGCCGCCGCGAGGGACCGGGCAGCUGGCAGCCCCGCCGAGAGCCGGGGGCUGCUGCCACCCCCCCGGGGGCUCCGAGCAGCCGGGAGGGGAGCGCCCCGAGCGUGGGCCUUUGAGCUUUGCAGGCUCCGGGGAGCUGCGUCUGGUGGGCGGCGGCGGGCGCUGUGCCGGGCGCGUGGAGGUGAAGCACGGCGGUGAGUGGGGCUCCGUGUGCGCCUUCGACUUCGACUGGGAGGCUCGCUGGGCCGUGGUGGUGUGCCGGCAGCUGGGCUGCGGCCGGGUGGCCAGGGCGUCCCUGCACGCCCCGUUCGGGCCGGGCAGCGGGCGGAUCUGGCUGCAGCCCUUCUUCUGCAACGGCACCGAGGACGCGCUGGAGCAGUGUCCUAACUUCGGAUGGGGACGGCAUUUCUGCGGCCACGAGCGGGAUGUGGGGGUGACCUGCACAGAUGCCGUGGAGCUGAGGCUGGCGGGCGGCGGCAGUCCCUGUGCCGGGAGGGUGGAGGUGAAGCUGCAGGGCCACUGGGGCACAGUGGGAGACGACAGCUGGGACAUGGAGGACGCCGAGGUGGUUUGCCAGCAGCUGGAUUGUGGCUCGGCUUCCGCUACCUACUACACCCACGAGCGCUUUGGCGUCGGGGACGGGUUCGUCAGCCUGGCCCUGGUGGACUGCAGAGGGGACGAGGCCACACUCUGGGAUUGCAUGAUCCGUGGCUGGGGACCCUAUAACAGCAGCAUCCAUGGCUUGGACGCCGCCGUUGUCUGCCAAGGCUUUUCCCGGCUGGUUGGUGGCGAUGGAUCCUGUGCCGGGCAGCUGGAGGUGCGUCAGGGCCGGGCCUGGGUCGGUGUCUGUGAGGAUCAGGUGGAUAUGAAAAUGGCCCAGGUGGUGUGCAGGGAGCUGGGCUGCGGUGAGGUGAUCGCCAUCGCCGGCAGUGGCCGUUUUGGGGCAGUGUCGGGAUCCCUCUGGGACGGAGGUUUCCAGUGCAGUGGCACCGAGCCCCGUCUCAGCGCCUGUGCCCGGCGUCCGGCCCAGAGCCCGGGCUGCAGCGGCCCUGGCAGCGUCAUCUGCUCCUCCUACACGGGCUUCCGGCUGGGGAACGGCAGCUCGGGAUGCUCCGGGCGAGUGGAGGUGGCAGUGAGGGGGACGUGGGGCUCCGUGUGCGCCAGCGAGUGGGACCUGGCCGAUGCGCACGUCCUGUGCCGCCACGUGGGCUGCGGCCGCGCCCUCAGCGUGCUGCCGGGAGGCUCCUUCGGCAGCGGGGAGGGGCCGCUGCGGCCGGACGCCUUCGGCUGCAGCGGGAGCGAGCGGCGCCCGGGCCAGUGCCCCGUGGCCGUGCUGGGGAAGCCGCCCUGUGCCCCCGGGAACGCCGCCGCCGUCAACUGCUCAGGUGUUGGCUUUGUCCCGUCCCUGAGGCUGGUGGAUGGUCAGAGCUUCUGUGAUGGGCGGCUGGAGGAGAGCAUAACCAGUCCAGCCUGGCGCCGUGUGGCUCUGGAGCAGUGGAAGUUAUGGGAUGUGUACAUGGUGUGUGCGGUGCUGGGCUGUGGCCUUCCCAAGGACGUUUACACUGCCUUGGGUACGGCUCCUGUACUGAGCAGCAGCCGCAGUGAGGUGGACAUCAUUACUGAAGAGAUGGACAGCAUUUUGGGCAUGGGCUCUGCACUGACCAGUAGCCCUGAGGAGAUGGAUAACCAGCUGGAGGAGAUGGGUGAUGUCUCAGGAAUGGGUCCUGCAGGGAACAGCAGCCUUGAGGAGAUGAUCAUUGUCUGCUCCGGUGGGUGUCCCGAGAAGGGCUGGCGGUGCCGGGGCCCCAGGCAGCCACCCCAGCCCACUCCUUCCGUGCCCACAGGCAGCCUGUGGGUGAGGCUGGUGGGGAGCUCUGGGCGCUGUGCCGGGCGUGUGGAGGUCUAUUCCGGUGGCAGCUGGAGCUGGGUGUGCCAGGAAGGCUGGGAGCUGCAGGACGCGGCCGUUGUGUGCCGGGAGCUGGGCUGUGGCACGGCGCUGCAGGCCCCGGGCUGGGCGCGCUUGGGUGGCGGCCCGGGGCCGCUGUGGCCGUACAGCCCCGAGUGCUCCGGCUCCGAGGAGUCUCUGUGGGAGUGCGGGCGCACGGAACGGCGCGAGUGCGGGCGCGGCGGCGGGGCAGGGGCCGUGUGCUCAGAGCAGCUCUCCGUGCGGCUGGCAGGGGGCCCUGGGCGCUGCCGGGGCUUCCUGGAGGUCUCCUACAACGGCACCUGGGGCCGCGUGUGCGCCAACGGCACCAGCCCCGGCACUGCCGCCACCGUCUGCCACCAGCUGGGCUGUGGGCACCGGGGCUGGCUCACAGCUGUCUCCGCCCAGGAGCCGACCGAGGCCUGGCUGGCCUGGGUGGGCUGUGAGGACGGGGCCCACUCGCUCUGGCAGUGCCCCUCGGCACCCUGGCACCUGCAGAGCUGUGGCAGCCCAGGCGGGCACGCUUAUGUGGAGUGUGAGGAGCACAGUGAUGGCACCACUGAGGGACACACUACCCCAUAUCCGGAGGGUGCCAUCAGCACAGGUGUCCCCAGAAAGUGGCCCCGGGCAGUGGCCAUGGGGUCUGUGCCCGUGGCCACUGUGCUGUGCGUGGUGCUGGGGACGCUGCUGUGCCUGUCCCUGGGUGCCCUGGCCCUGCUGCUGUGCCGUACCCGUGCCCGGUGCCGAGGCCCUGGCAGAGCUGCAGAUGCCAUCUCCAACGCUGUCUACGAGGAGCUGGAUUACAAAGCCAUGCCCGAGUACCAGGAGGUGCCCACUCCCCCAGGUUCCCUGUUGGAGGGAUGGGUGAAGAAGCUGCCGUAUGAGAGUGGGGACAGCGUGGAGGGGAGUGACAGUGAGGCAGCCCCAGAUCCCCCUGCCCGGCCCGAGCAAGGACCCCCGGAUGGCUACGACGAUGUCCUGGAUGUGGCCCAGGAGCCCCCCGCUGCCAGCACCGGGGACACCUCCGAGGGAGUGGCACGGCAGAGGUGGAUCUGUGUGCUGCCCACAGGUGGCAUCUACUCCCCUCCACGUGCCCCAGGAGCCACCAGGGAGCCCUCAGAACAGCCCCCUGGACACAUGGACUAUGAUGAUGUUGGCACCAGCGCCCUGGGGACCUUGCCCACCCCGCGGUGGCAGGGCAGCCGGGCAGCCGGCCUGCGGCACGUCGUGCUCCAGGAGGUUCCUGAUGUUCAGGCCGGGCUGCAGGGCCCGGAGGGCGUCCAGUUCCUGCAGCAGGGCCUGGCUGAAUCCGUCCGUGCUCAGCCUGGGCGUGGAGGAGGCAGGAGUAGAGGAGAAGGUGUUGGAGCUUGUGGGGAGGGAGGAGCUGCAGUGGCCACGGUGACGGUGCGGCCCUGGCUGUCCCGCGGCCUCCACUGCCCGGCUCGGGCAUGCCGGGCAUGGAAGGGGCCGGGGCAGGGCCCCGACUCAGCCCAGGCUCCUCAGCGGGCAGGCGGGAUGCCGGAGCUGCUGGCAGAGCUGCAGGACGCCCUGGGCUCGCAGCUCGUUGUCGCUCAGGUCCAGGCAGCUGAGACGGGGCCCAGCAGCAGCUGCGCAGCCAGGGCCGGGCAGGAGGCGCCUGACAGCCGGCAGCUGCCCAGCCUCGGGGAUCAGUGGAGCCGCAGCUGUGGAUGUGUGUCAGUGCCAUCGGCGCAAGCGGAUCGCUGCGUAGGGAAUGCGUUGCCGGAGAGUCCUGCGAAGGGUGAGCCCGGGACGUUUCCUGCCGUGCGCGGCCGGCGGGCUGCGGGGUCCGAGGGCGGCGGGGCCGGGGCGGCGGAGACGCGGCGCUGUCGGCGGCAGCGCAGGUGUCGGGAGGAGCGUGCGGUCGCUGGCGAGGCCGGGAGCCGCCGGGGGGUGACCGCCUCCUUCCUGCCCUGGGGCGAGGCGAGCGCGGGGCCGCAGCUGCGGCAGCAGCGCCAUGUGGCAGCGCCGCCGCGAGGGACCGGGCAGCUGGCAGCCCCGCCGAGAGCCGGGGGCUGCUGCCACCCCCCGGGGGCUCCGAGCAGCCGGGAGGGGAGCGCCCCGAGCCGUGCAUUGGCUCGGGCGCUGGCAGAGGUGCGCUGGCUGGGGCCGCUGGCCAUGGGGCCGCUGCUGGCUCUGGGGCUGCUCGUGUGCGUGCGGCUGUGCGGGGGCUCCGGGGAGCUGCGUCUGGUGGGCGGCGGCGGGCGCUGUGCCGGGCGCGUGGAGGUGAAGCACGGCGGUGAGUGGGGCUCCGUGUGCGCCUUCGACUUCGACUGGGAGGCUCGCUGGGCCGUGGUGGUGUGCCGGCAGCUGGGCUGCGGCCGGGUGGCCAGGGCGUCCCUGCACGCCCCGUUCGGGCCGGGCAGCGGGCGGAUCUGGCUGCAGCCCUUCUUCUGCAACGGCACCGAGGACGCGCUGGAGCAGUGUCCUAACUUCGGAUGGGGACGGCAUUUCUGCGGCCACGAGCGGGGUGUGGGGGUGACCUGCACAGAUGCCGUGGAGCUGAGGCUGGCGGGCGGCGGCAGUCCCUGUGCCGGGAGGGUGGAGGUGAAGCUGCAGGGCCACUGGGGCACAGUGGGAGACGACAGCUGGGACAUGGAGGACGCCGAGGUGGUUUGCCAGCAGCUGGGUUGUGGUUCGGCUUCUGGUGCUUUCUCUGCCCGUGACCGCUUUGGCGUCGGGAACGGGCUGGUCAGCCUGGCCCUGGUGGACUGCAGAGGGGAUGACGCCACGCUCUGGGACUGCGAGAUCCGUGGCUGGGGACCCUAUAACAGCAGCAUCCAUGGAUUGGACGCCGCCGUUGUCUGCCAAGGCUUUUCCCGGCUGGUUGGUGGCGAUGGAUCCUGUGCCGGGCGGCUGGAGGUGCGUCAGGGCCGGGCCUGGGUCGGUGUCUGUGAGGAUCAGGUGGACAUGAAGGUGGCCCAGGUGGUGUGCAGGGAGCUGGGCUGCGGUGAGGUGAUCGCCAUCGCCGGCAGUGGCCGUUUUGGGGCAGUGUCGGGAUCGCUCUGGGACGGGGGUUUCCAGUGCAGUGGCACCGAGCCCCGUCUCAGCGCCUGUGCCCGGCGUCCGGCCCAGAGCCCGGGCUGCAGCGGCCCUGGCAGCGUCAUCUGCUCCUCCUACACGGGCUUCCGGCUGGGGAACGGCAGCUCGGGAUGCUCCGGGCGAGUGGAGGUGGCAGUGAGGGGGACGUGGGGCUCCGUGUGCGCCAGCGAGUGGGACCUGGCCGAUGCGCACGUCCUGUGCCGCCACGUGGGCUGCGGCCGCGCCCUCAGCGUGCUGCCGGGAGGCUCCUUCGGCAGCGGGGAGGGGCCGCUGCGGCCGGACGCCUUCGGCUGCAGCGGGAGCGAGCGGCACCCGGGCCAGUGCCCCGUGGCCGUGCUGGGGAAGCCGCCCUGUGCCCCCGGGAACGCCGCCGCCGUCAACUGCUUAGGCGCUGUUGAGUCCCUGCGGCUGGUGAAGGGUGAGACCUGGUGCGAGGGGUAUCUGGAGUCGAAGACAAGUGCCGAGGCCUGGCGCCGUGUGCCAGGAGAGGUUACGCUUCUACGGAAUUUUAGCAAUGUGUGUUCGAAGCUGGGCUGUGGAGGACUUGAGAAGAGUCAUGGUGUCCCUGGGACGUCCAUCCUGUGGAAUAUCAACGGGCAGGAGAAGGGCAUCUUGGAAGCGGUGAUCAGAGACGUUGUGCAGAUGACCACUGAUCUGUCUACUCGGACCAUAUCGGAGGACUAUUUUGGGAGUGAUUACUGGUCCAUGACCACUGCACCAGCUGACGUCCCUCAUGGGACCUACCUUGUCUGCUCAGGCAGCCUGCAGGUGAGGCUGGUGGGGAGCGCUGGGCGCUGUGCCGGGCGUGUGGAGGUCUAUUCCGGUGGCAGCUGGAGCUGGGUGUGCCAGGAAGGCUGGGAGCUGCAGGACGCGGCCGUUGUGUGCCGGGAGCUGGGCUGUGGCACGGCGCUGCAGGCCCCGGGCUGGGCGCGCUUGGGUGGCGGCCCGGGGCCGCUGUGGCCGUACAGCCCCGAGUGCUCCGGCUCCGAGGAGUCUCUGUGGGAGUGCGGGCGCACGGAACGGCGCGAGUGCGGGCGCGGCGGCGGGGCAGGGGCCGUGUGCUCAGAGCAGCUCUCCGUGCGGCUGGCAGGGGGCCCUGGGCGCUGCCAGGGCUUCCUGGAGAUCUCUUACAACAACACCUGGGGCCGCGUGUGCGCCAACGGCACCAGCAAUGACACCGCCGCCACCGUCUGCCACCAGCUGGGCUGUGGGCACUCGGUCUCGCUCAUAGGUGUCUCCGCCCAGGAGCCGACCGAGGCCUGGCUGGCCUGGGUGGGCUGUGAGGACGAGGCCCACUCGCUCUGGCAGUGCCCCUCGGCACCCUGGCACCUGCAGAGCUGUGGCAGCCCAGGCGGGCACGCUUAUGUGGAGUGUGAGGAGCACAGUGAUGGCACCACUGAGGGACACACUACCCCAUAUCCGGAGGGUGCCACCAGCACAGGUGUCCCCAGAAGGCGGCCCCGGGCAGUGGCCGUGGGGUCUGUGCCCGUGGCCACUGUGCUGUGCGUGGUGCUGGGGACGCUGCUGUGCCUGUCCCUGGGUGCCCUGGCCCUGCUGCUGUGCCGUGCCCGUGCCCGGCGCCGAGGCCCUGGCAGAGCUGCAGAUGCCAUCUCCAACGCUGUCUACGAGGAGCUGGAUUACAAAGCCAUGCCCGAGUACCAGGAGGUGCCCACUCCCCCAGGUUCCCUGUUGGAGGGAUGGGUGAAGAAGCUGCCGUAUGAGAGUGGGGACAGCGUGGCGGGGAGUGACAGUGAGGCAGCCCCAGAUCCCCCUGCCCGGCCCGAGCAAGGACCCCCGGAUGGCUACGACGAUGUCCUGGAUGUGGCCCAGGAGCCCCCCGCUGCCAGCACCGGGGACACCUCCGAGGGAGUGGCACGGCAGAGGUGGAUCUGUGUGCUGCCCACAGGUGGCAUCUACACCCCUCCACGUGCCCCAGGAGCCACCAGGGAGCCCUCAGAACAGCCCCCUGGACACAUGGACUAUGAUGAUGUUGGCACCAGCGCCCUGGGGACCUUGCCAUGAGGGUGUCCUGGCCAUACCGCAGCACCGGGGACACAUGUGUGGCAGUGUGGUGGGGCCCUGUCCCCAGGGAAGGCUGGCUGUGCCCACAGAGGUCACCCCGUGCUGUCCAGCGCUGCAGGAAAAGAGCUCCUGUGCAGGGAUUAUCUUUGAUUUCAGUGUGAUUUUCCCUUUUUUCCUAUUAAAAUCCAAACUGGUCAGAGA